AUGACUAUGACUCCUUUCCCAGACAACUUGGACCUGAAUCGCCAGGGCGAGGCGAUUCCCGGUACCGAGUCCGCUGAUGCGAGCGCCUUCUACAAGAACUCCAUUUGGGGUCCCAAGGAGUUGCGCGUCGCCCCCGAUGGAACCACUCAGCCUGGUAGUCUUUACCAGAUUUUCGAACAGUCCGUUGCUCGUCAUCCGAACCAGGCUAUGUUCCGUAGCCGUAUCCUCAACCCCGCCACCAAACCCGGAGAGGCUCCGUCGUACAGCACCAAGACGCAAGACACUACCUACGGUCAGGUGCAGCAGCGCCGUAACGCCGUUGGUUCUGCUCUCUUGAACCUGGAGCGUCUCGGUCGCCUACGUGACCCCAAUGUCCCGGCGGACCUUCCCUCGCCGCCCGAGAUCAAGCAGGACGGUAUCCCGUCGUACGGCGACCGUCUCAACGCCGGAGCCCGUCGCGGUUGGGCCGUUGGCAUCUGGAGUGGCAACCGCGAGGAGUGGCAGAUCGUCGACCUCGCAUGCCAAGCUUACGGCCUUGUUAGUGUGAGCUUGUAUGAGACUCUUGGUCCGGACACUGCCGAGUACAUCACCAACCACUGCCCCCUUCCUCUCAUUUUCUCCUCUUCCAACCACCUGGCGGACCUUCUCCGCAUCGCUCCUCGGUGCCCCUCGCUCCGUGUCAUCGUCACCAUGGACACUCUGGCGCCGGCUGAACGCGAUGUUCUCACGCAGUGGGCUGGUUCGCUUGGCAUCCUCCUUCUCGACCAGGUCGAGAUGGAGCAGUGGGGUGUGCAACCCGGGAACUUCAUCACUCCUGGUCCUCCCAAGGGUGAGGAGCAGCUUGAUAUUGACCGUAUUGUCACGAUUAGCUACACCAGCGGAACCACUGGCAACCCCAAGGGCGUGAUCCUUACCAACUGGAACAUGACCUCGGCCACCGUUUCCAACUCGCUCGGUGUCUCGCCCUUCUUCGAGAAGGAGGGCUGGAAGUUCUUCUCCUACCUUCCCCUUAGCCACGUCUAUGAGCGUUUCCUGCAAGUUCUCGUCAUCUACGGCAACGGCAUCAUUUGUCUCACCACUGGCAACACCCUGCAGCUUCUCGAGGACGCCCAGAUCUUCAAGCCCAACUUCUUCCCCGGCGUUCCUCGCGUUUGGAACCGCAUCAACGCUGCAGUCAUGAUCCAAAUGAAGGAGCCUGGUCUCAAGGGAGCUCUCCUGCGUAAGGCUGUCCAGACCAAGCUCGCCAACUUCCGCGCCACGGGAGCGAUCACUCACCGCCUGUACGACACUCUCGUCUUCCGCAAGCUGCGCGCUCUCACUGGUGGCGAGGUCGUUUACAUGUCUUCUGGUGCCGCUCCUCUGUCCGCUUCCGUGCACGAGAUGCUCAAGAUUUGCUUCAGCUGUGACGUUAUCCAGGGCUACGGCUUGACUGAGACUGUCGGUACGGCCACCAAGGGUAUCCCUGAGGACCCCAAUGCAAUCGGCACCACCGGGCAGAUCCAGCCCUGCAAUGAGAUCAAGCUCGUCGACGUUGCUGAGAUGGGCUACACCCACAAGGACUCGCCCAACCCUCGCGGUGAGGUCUGCAUCCGCGGCACCAACAUUUUCAAGGGCUACCUCCACGACCCCGAGAAUACCGCCAAGACCAUCGACCCUGAUGGAUGGAUGCACACUGGCGACAUCGGAGAGAUCGACGCCGCUGGCCGUUUGAAGAUCGUUGACCGCGUGAAGAACGUCGUCAAGCUCAGCCAGGGCGAGUACGUUGCGCUGGAGAAGGUUGAGGGUGUUUACGCCCUCAACCCCAUCUACGCUACCCUUGUCGUUCACGGUGACUCGCUCCGCUCCUCCCUUGUUGCUAUUGCCGUUCUUGAACCGGCUCUUGCUUCCAAGCUGGUCUCGGACGUCCUUGGCGAGAAGAUUGACCCUACCGACGUCGAUGCUCUGGACCGUGCCGUUAAGGACAAGAAGGUCCGUGCUAAGCUUGUCGAGGGCUUUGCCCGCGUAGCCAAGCAGAACAAACUGAACGGCUUCGAGUUCAUCAAGGGCGUCUUCCCCACUGUUCAGCCCUUCCCCGAGCACCUUCUCACUCCGACGCAAAAGGUGAAGCGUAACGUUGCCGCAAAGCACUUUGGCGCUGAGAUCGACGCUCUUUAUGACGAGAUUGAGGGCUCUGGACACGCCAAGCUCUGA